CCGUAUUAGCCAUUCUGCGGCGGCUAAAAUGAAGAAAAUGCGCAGAAGUCAGCUGCUGCGGGUGCUUCCCCUGGCCGUGCUACUGCUGGAGGUGGCCCUGCUGCCCGUCUCCGUGCUGGCCAAGUCCAAAAAUAAAAACAAAAACAACCAGAACAAUGCACAUCACGGCGACUCGUCGCCAUCAGCGUCCUCCGGAUCAGGCUCGAACGAUGACAACAAGCCGAGGAGCGGCGAUAACGGGGGCCAGCACUUUGCCAUGGAGCCCCAGGAUCAGACAGCUGUGGUGGGCUCCCGUGUGACGCUGCCCUGCCGCGUAACGGCGAAGGUUGGCGCCCUGCAGUGGACCAAGGAUGAUUUCGGCCUCGGACAGCAUCGCAAUUUGAGCGGCUUUGAGCGUUACUCGAUGGUGGGCAGUGACGAGGAGGGUGACUUCUCGCUGGAUAUUUUUCCGCUGAUGCUCGACGAUGAUGCCAAGUACCAGUGCCAGGUGGGGCCCGGUCCGCAGGGCGAACAGGGUAUCCGUUCGCGGUUUGCAAAGCUCACGGUGCUGGUGAAGCCGGAGGAUCCGAAAAUACUGCAAGGCGACUACAUGGUGACCACAGAGGAUCGCGAAAUCGAACUCGAAUGCGUAUCGGUGGGCGGGAAGCCAGCCGCCGAGAUCACCUGGAUCGAUGGCCUCGGCAAUGUCCUCACCAAGGGCAUCGAAUACGUUAAGGAGCCGCUGUCCGAUUCGCGUCGCAUCACCGCCAAGUCCAUCCUCAAGCUGGCACCUAAAAAGGAGCACCACAACACGACGUUCACGUGCCAGGCGCAGAAUACCGCCGAUCGCAACUAUCGCUCCGCCAAGCUGCUGCUGGAGGUCAAGUACGCCCCAAAGGUGUCGGUGUCCGUGGUGGAGGGCGCCUCCGCUGGCGGCAAGAUACCCGAGGGAGCCGAGGUCGUUCUCAGCUGUCAGGCGGAUGCCAAUCCACCCGAGGUCACCUACAGAUGGUUCAUCAACGACGAACUCAUGACCGGAGAUUUCACCACCAAAUUGAUUAUUCACAAUGUAACCCGUUCGUAUCACGAUUCGAUUGUCAAGUGCGAGGUGGUCAAUGCCGUCGGCAAGAGCGAGGAGAGCGAGACCCUGGACAUAAGCUUUGGACCCGUGUUCCGUAAGCGUCCACAGACCGUGGAGGCCGACCUGGGCGCCACCGUGAGCAUGCGCUGCGAGGUGGCCGGCAAUCCGACCCCAGAAAUCGAAUGGGUUAACGAGAAUUCCGCACAGGUUGUGGGCCGCGGCACGGAGCUGAAAAUGAAGGUGAGCAGCGAGACGGCGGGACGAUAUAUUUGCAGGGCGGAGGUCACCGGCUUCCCGGAAAUCGGCGCCGAGGCAUUGAUACACGUGAAACGGGCACCGAUCAUCACCUCGCACAAGGUGCAGUUCGGGGCGGUGGGCAACAAGGUGAAGAUUGAGUGCCUGGCCUUUAGCAUACCCAAGGCCGAGCAGAUACUGUGGUCCUUCGAGAACAAGGUGAUCAACAUGAGCAGCGCCGAUCCGGACAUCUACAUCUUCGAGGAGCAACAUCUGCCGGAGGGCGUGCGGGCCGCCCUCAUUAUACGCGAGAGCAGGGCAACACACUUUGGCAAGUACAACUGCACGGUGAUGAAUUCGUAUGGCAGCGACUCCCUGCUGAUCACCGUGGUGCGUGAGCCCGGCAAUAUACCCGUCCUGCUGGUCGUUAUGGGCUCGGUCUUCUCCGUGGCCAUCAUACUGAUGAUCGUGAUGAUUGUGGUGGUGUACACGAAGCGGCGCAACCGCAAGAAGCCCAUGCCUGCGGACGUUAUACCGGAGGCAUCACGCGGCGGCGACAAGCUGAACGAACUGAAGAGCGAACUGCGAUCCAAGGCCUACGAUGUGGAGUACUCGGAAGCGGGCAGCGAGGCGCUGGCCAUCACCCUCAAUCAAUCGCCCAUGCCCGAUGUGCAGAUGAAGGGCGCCACCCUGGGCGUACCACUUGCCGGUCCCGUGAAGUUCGAUGAGCGCUUCUCGGGCGACUUUACCGACCGCUACAAUCGCCAGUGCCACAUCAAGAAUCUGAAGAACCACCAGGAGAACGCCUACAAGGAGACCACCGCCAAUGGAUAUGCCCACUACUUUGAAUAUGCCCUCGACUACAGUCCACCCGGCGAUGCAGCUGCAGCUGCGGCUGGUGGCAAAUCCGGCAAGCACUCCGGCGGCAAGAACUCCGCCACACUGCCACACUCGACGGCUGCCUCCGUUGGUGUGGGUGGUGGUGCAGGUGCAGCUGGGGCUGGGGCCAGCCUACCGCGCAAUCAACGUCACGAUCAACAGCAGUCGCAGCAGGCCAAUGGAUUCAUGGGACAACCGCUUCUACAGAACGGCAUCGACAGUCGCUUCAGCGCCAUCUAUGGCAAUCCGUAUCUACGCACCAACUCCUCGAUCUUGCCCCCACUGCCACCGCCAAGCACCGCAAAUCCAGCGGCUACGCCAGCCCCACCGCCGUACCAUGCUGCCCGCCACCAUCACCACGCGAACGGCGGCCUCAAGCACUACGGCCAUGGCCAUGGCGCCUCCCUGGCUGGCGCCACCCUACAUACUAGUCCGGCCAAUGCCGGUGGCGGUGGCGUCGGCGGCGGACAGCUGUUGUCCGGCGGUGGCUCGGCAGCGGCGAGCCUGAACAGCGGCAUGGGUGGGGGCCCCGGCGCUGGUGGCGCUGGGGGCAGUGUGAGCGGCAGCAGCUCGAAUUUAACGGCCAGCAGCAAUACGCUGGCUGCCACACCAUUGGCUCAGUCGGCCGUCGUCACUGGGCAGUGUGCACAGAGUCCAUCCGGACAAUUUAUACUGUCCAACAAUGGCAAGGGCCACACCCAGAAGGGCCCAUUGGCCACCCACGUCUAAGGAGGAGGAGGAGAAGGAGCAAAUGCAAAGG